UAAAUCACCGUGAGACAUGCGUGAGACCUUGUGAUUAUGAUUCUUUGCCUGAUUAUGAUUCCUUAACGUUAUGUUGUGUCAAAUUAAAUCAUCAAGGGGAUUCACGAUGGAGCAAAUCUACGCUUUGGAGGUUGCUUUAAUCGAAUUUGUUCAAGACUGGUUCCGCGACUGGGACGGGUACCUAGAAUGGGUGAACAACGUCUCGGACCCACGCAUGUUACUGGAGUUCCUAUUCCCACUCAUCUCCAUCGUGGACUCGGUGUUCGCUGCUCAGAUGCUGCUGGUCCUCAGCUUCGGGGGCUGGUUCAACACUGUCAUGAAAUGGUGGUUACUAGAAGACCGUCCAUACUGGUGGGUGCAUGAAACCUCGUUCUACACCUCGCACCGACCGCGGCUUAGACAGACGCGACAAACUUGUGAAACGGGCCCGGGGUCGCCCUCCGGACAUAGCGCAGCCGGCGCGGCGACGUUGGUGUUGCUGCUCAUGUAUACAUCACACUUCAUGCGAGAUCGUAAAUGCUACAUGCGCUACUGGAAGUACGUCAUGUAUCCGCUGUGUGCUGCAGCGAUGGCGUCUAUCCUGUUAGCUAGAGUGUAUGUUGGGGCUCAUUUCCCUCACCAAUGCCUGUUGGGCGCCUUUGUUGGCGCCUUCAUGGCCCCAGCGCUAUGCCUCUACGUGUCGGACCCAUACAUCUGGAGGUACGGCCCGGAGCGGUGCGGGGUGGCGUGGCACGCGGCCGCCGCGGUUAUAGCGGCCGCUAUCGGAGGAGUUACCUACGCCGGCCUCAAGAUAUGUGGGAUAGAUCCGCAGUGGACUGUCAAAUUGGCAUUACGUUGGUGUCAGGAACCUUCGGAGAUCCACGUGACCACGACACCUAUGUUCUCGCUGAUGCAGGGCACCGCCGCCAUGUUGGGCUGGGCGCUUAGCGUGACCCCUGCAGUGGCCGAAUACCGUCAUUAUACGCCGCACCGCUCGCUGAUUAUAGCAUCGUUCACAACCGCUGUCAUUAUGUACGGCUUCCAACAAUUAUCGGCACAAGUCGACAAGACCAAUGUUUACAGGUUUUACACGAGUCACUUUGUGCUAAACGUAGUGACACCGGCGCUCCUGUUGCGGGUCACUCCGGCCCUCGCCAUGCUGCCUUUUACUCCCAAGGAUCAAAGAUAGCGCAUUAAAUCAGAA